AUGAUUCCCCCUGCUGACUCUUUGCUCAAGUACGACACCCCGGUGUUGGUGAGCCGAAACACAGAUAAACGGAGUCCCAAAGCUCGACCUCUGAAAGUCAGCCCUCAGCAGCCUGGACCAUCAGGCCCUGUCCCACAGCCACCAAAGACCAAGAUCCCCUCCACUUCCUGGGUCCCCGAUCCUACAAAGCAGGCAGAAGAAAUCUUGAAUGCUAUCCUGCCCCCAAGGGAGUGGGUGGAAGACACACAGCUAUGGAUCCAGCAGGUGUCCAGCGCCCCCAGCACCAGGAUGGAUGUGGUACAUCUCCAGGAGCAGCUGGACCUGAAGCUGCAGCAGCGGCAGGCCAGGGAGACAGGCAUCUGCCCGGUCCGCAGAGAACUCUACUCACAGUGUUUUGAUGAGCUGAUCCGCGAGGUCACCAUCAACUGUGCGGAGAGGGGGCUCCUGCUUCUGCGUGUGCGGGAUGAGAUCCGCAUGACUAUCGCCGCCUACCAGACCUUGUACGAGAGCAGCGUGGCGUUUGGCAUGAGGAAGGCGCUGCAGGCCGAGCAGGGGAAGUCAGACAUGGAGAGGAAAAUUGCAGAAUUGGAAACAGAAAAGAAAGAUUUGGAGAGACAAGUAAACGAGCAGAAGGCAAAAUGUGAGGCCACUGAGAAGCGAGAGAGCGAGCGGAGACAGGUGGAGGAGAAGAAACACAACGAGGAGAUUCAGUUCCUGAAGCGGACGAACCAGCAGCUGAAGGCCCAACUGGAAGGCAUUAUUGCACCAAAGAAGUGA